UUUGAUGUCGGGGGUCAACGGUCGGAAAUGCGGAAAUGGCUUCACUUCUUCGAAGACUUGGGCGUCAUUGCUUUCUUUGUUGCUCUCAGUGAUUAUGACCAGGUCCUGGAAUGGCUGAAUCGGUGGCUCUCGAUAUGUAACUCCAGAUGGCUCUCCAAUUCUUGCUGGAUCCAAUACCCCAAUAAGAUUGAUCUCUUGGCGGACAAAAUCGAUUCAAAACCUCUUGGUUUAUACGUGAAGGACUACCGCGGACGCGAAGGGUAUGUGGGCGCCUGUGCUUAUUUUCGGAAGCUGGUUGUAUCUAUCGAUCCCCGAACAAACGCCCCGAUCAGUUGCAGGCUGAAAACUGACGGUUGA